AUGACUCACUGCAAUGCACGAAGCCAAACAUGGAUUCCCGAGAAUGUUGGGGAGCCUAGACUGCAUGCAUUGAGGAUGGAAGAAUUGCCCAGUGGCUUGGCAUGGCACUCCACGCUGUUCAAUGACGUUUUAUCGGGCACUGAAGCGGCGGUGCACUUCGUCGCCAACAAUGCUCACUACACUAGAGGCUACUACUUAACUGACGGCAUCUAUCCUGAUUGGCCGGUGUUCGUCAAAAGCUUCCAGUUUCCAAACGAUGAGAAGAAGCGGAGGUUUAAGUUGAUGCAAGAAGCUGCAAGGAAGGAUGUGGAACGAGCUUUCGGUGUUCUUCAGGCUCGUUGGGGUAUUAUCAAAGGUUCGUCUCGUCUAUGGAAGCAGGAGCACAUGAGCGCUAUCAUGUUUACGUGCAUCAUAUUGCACAACAUGAUAAUCGGGGAUGAAGGAGAAACCGGUGCAACUUUUGAUGGAGACGGCAGUGAGGGAUCAAGUUCCCUUCCUCAGACACAGUCGACUAUAUGGCCCGGAGUGCAAGCUUGA